CGCCACAGAGAACUCGAGAGGGGACCCCGGGGAGGCCAUGGGCCCUCGGCGCCUCCUGUUGGUUGGGGAGGGGAAUUUCUCCUUCGCCGCUGCUCUGAGCAGUACCCUGGAUCCGAGCACUAGUCUAACCGCCACUUGCCUCCCGAACCUGGUCGAUUUGGCCCGGGACCCAGUGGCCCGGGAGAAUCUGCAGCGCCUGCGCGAGCGAGGUGCUGAGGUACGUUUCGGUGUGGACUGCACCCGACUGGCAGGUGCCUUUGAACUGCACGACAGGAGGUUUGAUCGAAUUUAUUUCAACUUUCCACACUGUGGACGCAAAGCUGGAGUAGCUAAGAACAGGGAACUGCUUGCAAAGUUUUUCCAGAGCUGUGCAGAUGUUCUUGCAGAGGAAGGAGAAGUCCAUGUGGCAUUGUGUAGAGGACAAGGUGGGACUCCUGCUGAUAAGCCCCAGAGAGAAUGGCACAACAGUUGGCAAGUUGUUGCCAUGGCAGCUCUAGGGGGGUUCAUUUUAAGUGAUGUGCAUCCCUUCAGCUGUGAGGCUGUGCCAGGGUACAAAUGCACUGGAUAUAGGAGUCAAGAUAAGUCCUUUCAUGUAGAAGGUGCUUUGAAUCAUAUCUUCACCCGGAGCUUACCGCUUGAAUGUUCUCAACCCAGAAUCUUCAGGAUCAAACUAGGUGACCAGUGGUUUUCCUUUCCAGAACCAGAAGCACUUGUAGGAAAGUUGAACAGGGGUUUCCUGGAAGCACCUUCAUGUCAUCCUAUCAAAAUCAUAAAUGAGAAACUCAUUGCUGAAUUGGGCAAAACUUUCCCUCUAAAAAGGCUGAAGUGUUCCUUCCCCUUGCUGCUCCAAGAAGACACCAGUGUUCUCCCUUCAUGGAACUGUGACAUUCUGUCAACUGCCUUUUGGAUUAAUCUCCGUGAACAUAACUCCAAUUCUGAGUCCCCAGAUGGUGGGACAACACAAGAUAUGGAGGACUUUUUAGUAUCAUUUUCACAACUUAGCCUUCCCAAGGGUCCUGGAAGAGACGAUGAAGAAGAAGCUUAUGAAGGAAUCUGUGGCCAGACCAAGGUCUGCCUUAGACCUUCUCUCCUAGUUCACAUUCAGGCUGUCAUCCAAGCACCAGACUUCCUCCCAGGUUCACUGCACAUCCUCAGUGGACCUGUCUUUCAGAAGUGCCACAUUUUGCCUUUUACAAUGCCAGUAUUUCAUGAGAUUUUACUUAUCCUUGGGUUGAACCAAAAUCUGAAGGAUGGUUGUCUUCAGUCACUACUGGAUCACCUGAAGGGCAUUCUGGAUAGCCUUCUGACCCAGAAAAUGCUGGAGGACUCUAAGUUAUCUGGGAACAAAGCAGGACAAGUCUGGGCACCUGAAGGAUCUACUGCUUUCAAGUGCCUGCUUUCAGCAAGGUUAUGUGCUGCUCUCCUGAGCAACAUCUCUGACUGUGAUGAAACAUUCAACUACUGGGAACCAACACACUACCUCAUCUAUGGGGAGGGGUUUCAGACUUGGGAAUAUUCCCCGGCGUAUGCCAUUCGCUCCUAUGCUUACCUGUUGCUUCAUGCCUGGCCAGCUGCAUUUCAUGCAAGAAUUCUACAAACUAAUAAGAUUCUUGUCUUUUACUUUUUGCGAUGUCUCCUGGCAUUUGUGAGCUGUAUUUGUGAACUUUACUUUUACAAGGCUGUCUGCAAGAAAUUUGGGCUGCAUGUGAGUCGAAUGAUGCUGGCCUUCUUGGUUCUCAGUACUGGCAUGUUUUGCUCAUCAUCAGCAUUCCUUCCUAGUAGCUUCUGUAUGUACACUACAUUGAUAGCCAUGACUGGAUGGUAUAUGGACAAGACUUCCGUUGCUGUGCUGGGAGUAGCAGCUGGGGCCAUCUUAGGCUGGCCAUUCAGUGCGGCCCUUGGUUUGCCCAUCGCCUUUGAUUUGCUGAUCAUGAAACACAGGUGGAAGAGUUUCUUUCAUUGGUCACUGGUGGCCCUAAUUCUCUUUCUGGUGCCUGUGGUGGUCAUUGACAGCUACUAUUAUGGGAAGUUGGUGAUUGCACCACUCAACAUUGUUUUGUAUAAUGUCUUUACUCCUCAUGGACCUGAUCUUUAUGGUACAGAAUCAUGGUAUUUCUAUUUAAUUAAUGGAUUUCUGAAUUUCAACAUAGCGUUUGCUUUGGCUCUCCUGGUUUUGCCUCUGACUUCUCUUAUGGAAUACCUGCUGCAGAGAUUUCAUGUUCAGAAUUUAGGCCACCCAUAUUGGCUUACCUUGGCUCCAAUGUAUAUUUGGUUUAUAAUUUUCUUCAUCCAGCCUCACAAAGAGGAGAGAUUUCUUUUCCCUGUAUAUCCACUUAUAUGUCUCUGUGGCGCUGUGGCUCUUUCUGCACUUCAGAAAUGUUAUCACUUUGUGUUUCAACGAUACCGCCUAGAGCACUAUACUGUGACGUCAAAUUGGCUGGCAUUAGGAACCGUCUUCCUGUUUGGGCUUUUAUCAUUUUCUCGCUCCGUGGCACUGUUCAGAGGAUAUCAUGGGCCCCUUGAUUUGUAUCCAGAAUUUUACCGAAUUGCUACAGACCCAACCAUCCACACUGUCCCAGAAGGCAGACCUGUGAAUGUCUGUGUAGGAAAAGAGUGGUAUCGGUUUCCCAGCAGCUUCCUUUUGCCUGAUAAUUGGCAGCUUCAGUUCAUUCCAUCAGAGUUCAGAGGCCAGUUACCAAAACCUUUUGCAGAGGGACCCCUGGCCACCCGGAUUGUUCCAACCCACAUGAAUGACCAGAACCUAGAAGAGCCAUCCAGAUAUAUCAACAUCAGUAAAUGCCAUUAUUUAGUGGAUUUGGAUACCAUGAGAGAAACACCCUUGGAGCCAAACUAUUCAUCCAAUAGAGAAGAAUGGAUCAGCUUGGCCUACAGACCAUUCCUUGAUGCUUCUAGAUCUUCAAAGCUGCUGCGGGCAUUCUAUGUUCCCUUCCUGUCAGAUCAGUAUACAGUAUAUGCAAACUACACCAUCCUCAAGCCCCGGAAACCAAAGCAAAUAAGGAAGAAAAGCGGAGACCAACAACCAUGGAUUCCAGACAUUACCUGCCUUUAGAAGUGCUCUCUUUGGCCUUCGUUGUCAUGCGGAAACAGUAUUUGGCAGUUGGCACCCUUAGCCUUUGAUUCGUCAUUUUAAAUCACAAAUCCCAAGUUGCCGAACAAGAAGGGUGUGUUUUUGGUUUGUUUGCUAGCUUCUUCAGCAGCACAGGACUAAAUGCUGAAGAAAUUGUUACCUAUAAAGCAGCAAUUCUCAAACAGAGCUACACGAUGCAGUCAUUUGGGGAUCCUUUAAAAAAUUGCCACUGUCUGUUUAACCCUUCAGGAAUUCUGAGUUGGUAGCUCAGGAUAGGCCCAGACAUCAUUAUUUUUUUAAAAACUCUCUAGGCGACUUAUCGGAUACAUAGCUAGAGUUAAACACCACUGCUCUUGAUAAAGACUGAGUGGCAAACAAUCACACCAAAGAUCAAAGACUAUUAAGCAGGCAAAAUGUUUGCUGUCUUUUUCUAAUUAUGACCCUGGUACCCCUGGUUACCCAGGCCUUCAGCCAGGCCUCUUCCCCUCCAUAGACCUUUUUCUCUGCUUACUUGGGCCUAUCAAACUCACUUGCUGUAUCUCCCAUUCCCUUUGGGCCCGGCUUUCCAGGAAACGAUUAACUAAUAUGGUACUGAAGUACACUAAUGGAUGUUAAUAAUUUACUGUAGUUCUCUUCCCAUUGAUUCAUCUCAGUAAAUUGAGUGAUAACACAUGUGGGGAAAAAAGAAUAAAUGACUAUAAUUUUGGCAAUUUCAGACUUACUCAGUGCCAUUUUAUUGGUAUAUUUAUUAGGUGGGAGGAGAAAAUUUGAGCAGGCAGACCCAACCUUCAGGAAGAACCUGGUCUUCAAUUCAGUGCUAUUGCUUGGUACUGCUUGGCCUACUCAGGUAAGGACCUGUGUCUGUGUUGAGUAGGACAAUGGAAAAAAAAGUGUGUGUGUGGGUACUAAGCCCUCCUGCUGCAGGACACACUGGGGGAGCCUGCUUUGUGUGUUUUAAAAAAUAUAUUUAACUGUUUAUUUGAGACAAGCAAAGUGAAGACCAUACUUCACCUUUGUUAUUCUACCUCUGUCUUCUGCAGACAGAGCCUCUCUGGAGCUGCUGCCACUACCUCAGCCAUGAGAGCAAAGGUUAAUCUCAUUUUGAGAGAAAUGGCCCGAAAUGUACUCAGUCAACCAACAAGAAGACACCACGUACACUAUUCAGGAGUUGGUCUCACCUCUUUCUUGUCUCCCUGUUAACAAUAUGUCUCUAAGCCUCUCUGAUAUUUCCUAUAAUGUGUUCCCAUUUUUUUCUUGCCAGUGAAGUAUUUGCAAAGAUAUGUAGAAAAGGAGGCUGGUUUUUCGGUGCUACAUUUAUAAAAGAAUCUUAGGAAUUUUUUUUAAUUCAGCCUUUUCCUUGGGUCUUUUUCUAUAUUUGUGUUCUCACAGUCUUUGAUUACUAGAGAUAGUCUAGAAAAUAGCACCAAAGUUUAAAUUUGUUGCCAUGUUUUUUUUUUUUCUUUCGUUCUUUUGGUUUUGUUUUACUCCCAAGUAUCACUACCUCUGACAAUUUAAGGCAACCUUAUCUGCCAUACCAUUCUAGAGGCUUCCCUCAUGCCCAGCAGAGGGCAUCCUAUUCUCACUAAACAUUUCAGAGCUCCUGUCUCUCCAGCAGCUUUCAGUAUUUGUUGUGUUCUUGGUGUAAUUCCAGUGUACAUUGAAAUACCUUAGUUGCAUUUCUUUGGAAUUUUGCACUCUACUAUUGCACCAUAUUGCACUCUACUAUUACUAUAAUGCAAAAAUUUCCUGGAAAAAACUAUGUCCAUAACUACCAGGGCAUGACUUGUCCAUCACAACAAUGAUUCCCUGAUUGGUAGACGAUUCACAAGUCAAUUCUCAGUUGAUUUCAGUUCUAUUUGUCAUGACUUUGAUUGUAUUCUUAGGUAAUAAAAGAUACGCGUUUGAGUGAGAAGAGGAAGCAGCUACUCUUAGGGGCAAUUGCCCUUUGUCCAUUUUCAAUAUUCUAAAUAUGUGCAAACCACAUCACAUGCACAGUUUGAACUUUACCUCUGCUAACUUAUUGAUAUUGUCAAAGACAACCACCCCAAAAUAUGAAGGUCCAGGGUUCUACCCUUCAAAUGCUAACAAAUUAUCCACAACACUGUAGCCCAAGGGACAGUAAUAGCAUUUAGCAGGGCCUGAGCCUUGUAAAGUAAAAGGCUUUAGAAUGCCUUUGACUGCACUUGGGAUGAAAAGCAAGCAUUUGCAGAAGGAAGUAUAAUUUGCAUUUUAAAAGUAUAGGAUAACCACCUAGGCAGAUUUGGGCCUUAAGGAAUAGACAAGGUACAGCCUAUCAGAUACAGAAGAGGAUUCCCUUCUCCAUAUGUGUGACACCUGAUACCCUCUUUUGAGCUCAGUCUCUGAAACUUGGGACUGUAUGGAUUUUGCAUUGGUAUCUUUUUCUGUUGGUUUUGUUUUGUUUUAUAUACCAUCUACAUUGUCAGAUUUGCUUUGUGAGAAAUAAUAUGAAUAACAGCUAAUGCUUAUUAAGUAUUUAUUAUAGGCCAGGAAUGAAUUGCUUUUUCUUCAUAGUCCUUACAACAACCUUAUGAGGUUGAUAACUAUUAUUAACCUCUUUUUAUAAAUGGGAAAACUGAGGCUUGGAGAUGUUAUUAAGUGUCUUGCCCAAGGUCAUCUGAAUAUAAAAUUGUUGACCCGAGAUUCAAACCUAAACAGUGACUUCAGAGCCUCUCUUUAAACCAUGACCUUACAUUCCCUAUUUCAUGACCUCUUUGAAGUCCACAGUCAUUAACCUCCUUUUUUGGAUGUUACGUUGGGGAAUCUAGAAGGAUUUUAUCGGCAGAGAUGAGAGCAGGAUCUAGUUAAAGUUGUUUCACUUUUUUUUUUUUUAAUCACCUUUUUAAUCUGCUUCCAGUAACCACAGCCUGGAGGUUGUCCUAGUAGAACAGAGUGUGCAGAUAGUACAUUCAGUCUUUGCAGGAGCUUUUCAUGAACACUGUGGGCUCCCAGUUAAUUUUAAUCACAUAGCUAGAUCAGAGAGGGAGCUGAUUUCCUGAAGUCCUAGAAGUUAGUGGAAAUUCCGGUCUCUGAUUACAGUCCCAGCUGGAUUUCUGCCAGAUGUGAAUGGCGUGUCCAGGGGAUCUUGGCCCUGGUCCUUUCUUACUCUUGUGACUUUUCUCCUGACAGUUCUUCUGCUGGGCAGAUCAGAAAACAAAGUAGGAAAGAAUACCAUCUUCAAGGGGGACCACAGGCAAAAGCUUUCAGGGGAGCAGAAAUAUUUUAAAUAAGCCUUGCUUUUGCUAAAUCAAGCCUCUGUCUAGCUGGAUCCUGGGGACAGUGUGCCCAGCUGCUGAAAGCUACUACUUAUGUUGGCUAGGUCUAGUACAAGAUAUGGUGAUAAGAGGCUUACAAAAAUAAGAGAGAGGAAGGAAAUCUGGACUCUAUAGACCCUGUGGACAUAGCAGGGCUAGACAGAGAAUAACUGGGCAAAAGGAGCCUAUUAUACACACUUAUGGAUGCCACAGGAAAGGCCAGCCAGGAGGAGGCAGAGUACAGUUUGUUUCAAUAGAUAAUAAUCUCCAUGGUUCAAAAUUCAAAAAGCCUAAAUGCAAUGUGUUAUCCUGGAGUGGGUCCUGCAACAGCAAAAGGACAUUAAUGGAAAAAUUUGAAUAAAAUCUGGAGUUGAACAAAUAGUAAAACAAAACAAACAAAUGAACAAAAACAAAGCACAAAUGCAUAUACUGUACAUUUCAAAAUAUUUCCUUUCCAUCUCUGUUCUCCAAGUACCCAGUUACCUUGCUAAUGAACCAAUGUUAUUAGUUGUGAGCAUCCUUCUAGAGAUUUUUUAAUACAUAUCCAAGUGCAUGUGUGUGCAUUAUAUUUUAUACAAAUGGUACGGUACUAUUACACACUCCCUUGAAAAUGGUAUUCUUUCCUGCUUCCUUUUCUGUUCUGGCCCUUGCUUUAAAAAAAAUUUUUUUAAGAUAAUUUUAAUAUUAGCCAUUUGGAAACAAUCUGUCAUUUCUGAACAUUUUCAGCUUUAAGUAAACCUGCAACUUUAAUAACACUGUAUACCUUGCUCUUUCACUUAACACUGUUAACAAAGGGUUUUUGUUGAGUGGUGUAUAGCAUCUGGCAAGAUAACCAGGGGUUCUGUCCUGAGAGCAUUAGAGCCCAUUUGAGUCUCAGGACUCAAAGGCCUGAGACUUUUGAGAGAAGUCACCAUGCCUGUUUGAUCUUCAGGUUUGCCAUAACUUAAAACCUACCCCUGUAGCUAGGGGAAGUACUAAUUCUGACUGCUGUUCUUGGGGAAUUGGGGGCCUACACACUUUGAGCAGAGAUCUUCAGAUAUUUUCUUUUUGUGUUUGGCAUGGGCACCAGAUUCAGUGAGCCCUUGACAAUAAAUAAUUCAACUUCUAAUAUUUGCAUAGUGCUUUCCAUUGACAAAGCACUUUACCAGAUGGAUCUCAACUCCUCACAACUCCGAGAGGUAAAACCUCUCUUUUACCAGUGUAAAAAAAUCUUCUGGAGUCAGGUCUUUUGGCUCUAAAUCUUGUACUCCUUUCAUUCUUUCACGCUGGUCCUCUCUGUUGCCAAAGCUCAAUUGAUUGGAAUGUUUUCUUAUCUGCUCCUACUUCCUCAGUAGAUAAUAAUUCAUCAUGGCUAACAUUUGAGGGCUGUCUUUUGCCAGGCACUAACUAAGUACAUUAUAUGAAUUAUUUAAUCUUCUUGACAACCACAUGAGUAAGCUUGGCAGCCCCACUCUGUAGAUAUAGAAACCAAAAUUCAGAGAGGAUAAGUUAUUUGCCCAAAGUUACGCAGCUAGUAAUUGGUAGAGGUGGGAUUUCAAUCUACAUCUUCCUGACUCCAGGGAAUACUCUCCUCUCUUAACCAUUAUAUGUACUGUUCUGAACCAGAACUGACUGUCCUAUUUCUUUGAUUUGCUCUUCCCAAGAAUUCAAGCAAAGUUUUGCUUUGGAAAUCCAAUACCUUCUUUUAUAUAUAGUGAGAAGCUGUGGAAUGGAGGUAGGGUAUGAAGCAGGGGUUAGCAAUAAUCCCUGAUCAUGAGUUCUACGGCUGCUUCUGAUUUACUAUGUGACUUCAGGUAGAGCUUCUUUCUUUUUGUCAGAGUAUUUUUUUUUUUUUUUUUGAGACAG